UGGGGGACUCGUGUCAGGCACACGCAGCACGUGGCCCCCUCCCCCCAGCCUGCGUGGGCGUGUGGCCAAGUGCCCCAAGUAUAGGAGAGGACGGUUGCCAUUUGCUGCAGGCUUCAAAAGCUCUGCGACAGUGGAGACUCAAGGGACCGUUCCCGACCUCAUUUUUUACAGAGACUCCGGCGACUCCAGUCCAUCGCUCGUGGAAAAUCUCAGGGUCAAAGCAGGAGGCACACCUUGAUGGCGCCCCUGGAGUCAGGCUCCUCACAGCUCUUCUUCGACAGCAGUGCGAUCGACGGCCCGUUCGAUGUCUACGAGUGCGGUACCUUGGCAGGCACCAGAGUCGUGCCAGAUCCACCUCCACCUGGAACCUCUUAUGGCAAGCAGAGAAGUUCCAGGAAUGCUAAAAAGGCUCGUCGUGUUCAUGGCUCUGAGGAGGUCGAGGACUGCUGGAACAGGCUAUUCUUGGAAGGAUAUCAAGCCGAUGUCCGCGUAUCGACGGGCGAUGGCAGCCAGAUCUUAUCGCAUUCGUGCAUUCUUGGCAUCAGAUCUCCGGUUCUGAGAAGUAUGUUGGAAGAAGCUAGAAUUGAACAUGGUUUCAGAAACAUCCUGAUUUCCGGUGUCCCAUCAGAAGCAGUCCGUGUCUUCAUCAGAUUUCUGUAUUCUUCACGCUUUGAGCAGGGUGAGAUGAAGAAGUAUGCCCUUCAUUUGCUCGUACUCUCUCAUGUUUUCUCGGUACAAUCGCUGAAGAUCGUCUGCACCGACCAGCUCGAGAGGUUUUUUCUUGCUCCUGAUAACGUGGUGGACGUUCUACAACUGGCUAGACUCUGUGACGCACCAAGGCUCUCGCUCAUCUGUACCCGUAUGAUCGUUGGAGAUUUCAAGACCAUCUCUCUGUCAGAAGGGUGGAAAGUGAUGAGACGGGCCAACCCAAGCCUGGAGCAAGAGCUUCUUGAGUUUCUUGUUGAAGUGGACACAAGAAGGCAAGAAAGAGCUAAAAGGAUGGAGGAAAAGAAGGUUUAUCUUCAGUUGUAUGAAGCUAUGGAAGCUCUUGUUCAUAUAUGCCGAGACGGUUGUAGGACGAUUGGCCCCUGGGAUCAGAAACUCAAGGGCAGUCAGGUUGUUUGCAAGUUUCCUGCCUGCAAGGGCAUCGAGUUGCUCGUGCGCCAUUUCUCGGCAUGCAAAAAACGUGUGCCUCGUGGCUGCGCCAACUGCAAGCGCAUGUGGCAGCUUCUUGAGCUGCAUUCUCGAAUGUGUUCCACACCAGACACCUGCAGGGUUCCUCUAUGCAGGCAUUUUAAGGAUAAAAUAUGGCAUCGGAGCAAGAAAGAAGAAAUCAAAUGGAACAUAUUGGUGUGUAAGGUCCUAGAGAGCAAUGCAACAAGCACAUCCAUCCUAAAAAUGAGGAAAACAUCAUCCUUGAUGCCGAAUGAAACUUGGCAUAUAGUUCAACAGUAAUAACACAAGCACAGAUCUUGUUUACUGCUUCUUUUAGGGAGCUUGGCGGAGUUGAGUAACUACAGUUGUGAAUCAUCUAGAUGAUUAUGUAGCAGCUACAAAUGAAAUUGCAGAUUUGAGUUAUAGAUGAUGGCGAAUGCAGACGGUGCUUUUGCCAGGAUCGGCAAUCAUAUGCUGGCAGAGUGCUGGCAUCGCGCUUCUACUGACCCCGUCUACUUCUCCUAUGUUGCUUGUGCUGCGAUCUCCUCGACUGUUUCCUCGCCGCUCUGCAAUUCCAGUGGAGAUGUUUUAAUGUUCAUGUGUUAGCCCAAGAACCCCUAGGCGAGCAGUGAGCCUGCAUAUCGGUGAUUACUAUGGAGCAGAGAAGAAUCAUUUACCAUUGCAUAUGGCAUUAUGUGGAGUAUGAUAGCUGCGAUGCCGAAGGCGUAGAUGAAUACAUUGGCAAAGGUGCCGCUCGGGAGCAUCCAUACGAGGUGGAGAAUCACUAGUAGGGUUACCCCAAGAAUCCCCAGGCGAGAACACUAAAUUGCUCAUGAUCUCACCAAAAAUACUAGAUUGCAGUUGUACUGCAUAGGACCAGGAGAUAAUAUUACCCUUGCGCCGUCAAUUAUGUUGGGAGGGCUCGCUAAGAAUUGGGGAUUUUGGAAAAUUUAUCAGAUGGGAGAGAAGUUUAUAAGAAGAAAAAAAUAAGAGGGAGAAUGGGGAUGAUUAGUGUGAGGUUUCAGGCGGUGAACAAUGUAGUAUUUUCGAAGUCGUACAA